AGAGGCAGCGUUAUGCAUUAAAAAAGAAAAAAGAGAAAAAGAUAAACUAAGAAAGGGACGAAACGGAUCAAACCCUGCAGCAAUUACAGACGACAUCCGCAGACUCUGGACUAUGAUAGACGGCAGAUAAGAGGUCGAUCGUCGCAGGCUGUUUUGACGACCGGCGGCUUAUUGAACAUCUGCAGAACAUAAUGUGUGUGUCCGCUAUUCUCGGUGGUUUUUUCCCCUCGGCGGCUUAGUCAAACGCAGAAAGUGUCAGCGUUCUGUAAAUGCGGCCGAUUCGGGGCAUUAUCUCAAGGAACGCGCUCGCUCGAGAGGGGAGAGAGAGUGCCGACAUUUAGUCCCGUUCUCUCUCUCUUUCCACGUCCCUCGGGGACGGUGAAGUCAUUCGAGAAGUCACCGGAGAAGAGAGAUACACACACACACACACACACACACACACACACACACGUCUUUUGUCACAGCGCUACUUUUAUUUAAGGUGGUUUUUGUAAAAGACUUGCCGGCUUUCUCAACGGUACGCCUGCUAAGCCCUACCCGUCGAUAUUACGGCGUUUUUGGUUUUUUUUUUCUUCCAUGAUUUUGGCUUUCUAAGCGUUUAUUGCGAAAGCUGUUUCUGGGCAUCCCCCCUCCCUCCCCGCCGCCGCCGCUAAAGGAUGCCGGAUCAAAUAUCGGUGUCCGAGUUUCUCUCGGAGACGACAGAGGAUUACAAUUCCCCAACCACGUCCAGCUUCACCACUCGACUGCAAAGCUGCCGGAAUACAGUGAACGUCCUGGAGGAGGCGCUGGACCAGGACCGAACUUCUCUGCAGAAGGUGAAGAAAUCCGUCAAGGCUAUCUACAAUUCAGGACAAGAUCACGUCCAGAAUGAGGAGAACUACGCCCAGGCUCUGGACAAGUUUGGCAGCAACUUCAUCAGCAGGGACAACCCCGACCUGGGCACGGCGUUCGUCAAGUUCUCCUCCCUCACGAAGGAGCUGUCUGCCCUGCUCAAAAACCUGCUUCAGAGCCUCAGCCAUAAUGUGAUCUUCACCCUGGACUCGCUGCUGAAGGGGGAUUUGAAAGGCGUGAAGGGGGACAUAAAGAAGCCCUUUGACAAAGCAUGGAAAGACUACGAAGCCAAGUUUACAAAGAUAGAGAAGGAGAAACGGGAGCACGCCAAGCAGCAUGGGAUGAUCCGCACGGAGAUCACCGGGGCCGAGAUCGCCGAGGAAAUGGAGAAGGAGCGACGCCUCUUCCAGCUCCAGAUGUGCGAGUACCUGAUCAAAGUGAACGAGAUCAAGACCAAGAAAGGGGUGGACCUCCUCCAGAACCUGAUCAAGUAUUACCACGCACAGUGCAAUUUCUUCCAAGAUGGCUUGAAGACGGCGGAUAAGCUGAAGCAGUACAUUGAGAAACUGGCAGCUGAUCUCUACAAUAUCAAACAAACUCAGGACGAGGAGAAGAAACAGCUCACCGCCCUCCGAGAUCUGAUCAAGUCCUCUCUCCAGCUGGAUCAGAAGGAGGAUUCACAGAGCAAGCAGGGCGGCUACAGCAUGCACCAGCUGCAGGGCAAUAAGGAGUUUGGCUGCGAGAAGAAAGGUUAUCUGCUGAAGAAGAGUGAUGGGCUGAGGAAGGUGUGGCAGAGGAGGCAGUGCUCAGUAAAAGGUGGCAUCCUCACCAUUUCUCACGCUACGUCCAACAGGCAGCCCGUCAAACUCAACCUGCUCACUUGCCAGGUCAAGCCCAGCGGCGAGGACAGGAAGUGCUUUGAUCUCAUUUCUCAUAACCGGACAUAUCACUUCCAAGCAGAGGAUGAACAGGAGUUUGUCAUCUGGAUCUCGGUACUGACCAACAGUAAGGAGGAGGCGCUGAACAUGGCUUUUCGAGGGGAGCAGACCAGCGCAGGGGAGGAUGGCUUGGAGGACCUGACCAAAGCCAUCAUAGAGGACGUGUUACGCAUGCCUGGCAAUGAAGUCUGCUGCGACUGCGGAGCCACUGACCCUAAGUGGCUGUCCACUAACCUGGGCAUUCUGACCUGCAUCGAGUGUUCGGGAAUCCACAGGGAGAUGGGCGUCCACAUCUCCCGCAUCCAGUCCAUGGAGCUUGACAAGCUGGGAACCUCUGAACUCUUGCUGGCCAAGAAUGUAGGGAACAGUAGUUUUAAUGAGAUCAUGGAGGGCAACCUCUCCUCCCCCUCACCGAAGCCCACUCCCUCCAGUGACAUGACGGUGAGGAAGGAGUUCAUCAAUGCCAAGUACGUGGACCACAAGUUUGCUAGGAAGACGUGUACAUCAGCGGCAGCUAAGAUGAUUGAGUUGUGUGAGGCGGUCCAGUCCAGAGACUUGCUGGCUCUCAUCCAGGUCUAUGCAGAGGGAGUGGAGCUUAUGGAGCCCCUCCCAGAGGCUGGGCCGGAAGCUGGAGAGACAGCGUUACAUUACUCGGUGCGCACUGCUGACCAGACCUCGCUGCACUUGGUGGACUUCCUUGUGCAAAACAGUGGUAACCUUGAUAAGCAGACGGAGUGGGGGAACACUGCCCUGCAUUACUGCUGCAUGUACGAGAAGCACGAGUGCCUCAAGCUACUGUUGAGGGGCAAGCCGGCCACUGACAUCACCAAUCAGAAUGGAGAGACAGCUCUGGAUGUUGCUAGGCGACUGAGGAACACUCCGUGCGAAGAGGCACUUGUGCAGGCUGCUGAGGGGAAAUUCAACCCUCACAUCCAUGUGGAAUACGAAUGGAGCCUUAGACUGGAGGAGAUGGAUGAGAGCGAUGAUGACCUGGAUGACAAGCCCAGUCCCAUCAAGAAGGACCGCUCCCCGAGGCCCCAGAGCUUCUGCCACUCCUCAAGCCUCUCCCCCCACGACAAGCUGUCCCUGCCCGGCUUCAUCAGCCACAAGGACAAGCAGCAGCGUCUGUCCUACAGCGCCUUCACCAACCAGAUGUACAGCGCCUCCACUGACCUCACCUCCUCCCCCGUGGCUGACGGACCCCCGCUGCCGCCCAGGAACCAGGGCAAAGCUCCUCCCUCAUCUGGCCCUCUCUCUACACUCACGCCCGGAGGCAGCUCCACCCUGUCCAAGAAGAGACCUCCACCCCCUCCCCCCGGACACAAACGCACCCUGUCUGACCCACCCAGCCCGCUCUCUCACAGUCCACACAGUAGAGGGGGCAUGACUGGGGGAAGUGACUCCACUCCUCCACCCAUUAGCAAGAUGUCUCCGGUAUCGAACAAGUUUGAGGGCAUUCCACAGCAACAAAGCACUACGUCAAGCAACACAAAAUCCACACUUGGUCCAAGAGUCCUCCCCAAACUACCUCAAAAAGUGGCGCUGCGAAAGAUUGAUACUAUACACCAUCCAUCUAUGGAAAAACCCAGCAUUCCUCCAGAGGUCUUCCAGAAGUCUCCGCCAGGAUCUGAAACCCCCCAGAAGGCUCCGCUGCCUGAAAAGCCUCAGCUUGGGGACUUGCCCCCGAAGCCUCAGCCCUCUGACCUGCCGCCUAAACCGGGAGAACUGCCCCCGAAGCCCCAGCUCUCUGACCUCCCUCCCAAACCUCAGCUGGGAGACCUACCGCCCAAACCCCAGCUCAAAGACCUCCCUCCCAAGCCUCAGCUCACAGACAUUCCCCCCAAACCCGGAACAGCUGAGCCCGCUCCCAGGCUGCCUCCUGGGGAGCCUGCCCCAAAGCCUCAGCCUCAGCCUCAGCCUCAGCCUCAGAUUCAAGACCCGCCAUCGCCCAAUCAGCAAGCAGAUACAGUGACGCCCUCCCAACAGCCCAGCGAGGACACCAAUGGCAGCCCGGCGGGGACUGCAGAGACACCUGUGCCCCUCCCCAGGAAGAUCAACACGGGGAAGAGCAAAGCUCGCCGGGUGAAAACCAUCUAUGACUGCCAGGCUGAUAAUGAUGAUGAACUGACAUUUGUGGAAGGAGAAGUGAUCAUAGUUACAGGAGAAGAGGACCAAGAGUGGUGGAUUGGCCACAUUGAAGGGCAUCCGGAGAGAAAGGGGGUGUUCCCUAUGUCUUUUGUGCACAUCCUGAGUGACUGACAGCCAGAAAGACUUGCACUAAGCUCCCCCCACCCACCCACCUGAGUCGAGGGGUUUUGUAAAUAGCUACUGUAACACCCCCUUGUCGCAAGACUAAAGGAGUUCUAAAGGAAAAAAAAAACAACAAAAAAAAAAAAACAA